CCUUGGGUCCUGUCUUUCAUUAUCACCUUUAUUUGCUGUGUGACCUUGGGCAAGCAUCUUUACCUUUCUGUAAAAUGGGGAUAAAAGCAUCUACCUCAGAAGGGUGCUGUGGGGGUUAAAGGACAGAGUGCCUGCAGCUCCUUAGUUCCCAUAUCCUGAUGGCUCUCUUUUCAUAUCUUAUAAACAUCACAAGGUUCUGAUUAUCAAAUAAUUAUAGCUGUGCUUAUAAAAAGCUGACACGUGUCAGGCCCUGUUCUAGAAACAUUAAUUCAUUCCUUUAAACCCCUACAAAAUAGGUGCUAUUUUACUUCUCACUUUACAGAUAAGGAAACUGAGGACCAGAGAGGUUGAAUGACUUGUUUGAGGUUGCCCAGCCAGGAAGAGGCAAUGCUGACUUCAUAGCCACUGACUGUCCUGUUGCACAUGGCUGACCCCUGAUUGGGGGUGGACUGGCACAUUUCCUUUUAUGUUCUGGCAGUUAGGGGCUGCAGCAUGGACCCUGGGGCGUCUUGGCCUGGUUCUUUCUGGCCUUAUCUGUCUCCGUCCCUCCUCCUCUCUUGUCCCCUCCUUCCUCUUGCCACUACCCGCCUCAGACUUCCUCCUUCACUUGGUUGGACGCUACACCAUAUCCCACCGGCCCUUGAACUCUGGUGUCCAGCAGCGUCACCAGCGUCAUGGGGGUCCUUGGACCUUCCAACAGGCUUCUGCUCCUGCCUGUCCUUCUGACUGUGGGUGGUUUUGCCCCUGCCCAGGCACAGAACGAAUGCAAUUGCUCCGCGGUGAGUCCAGGUGUGCUGGCGGGGAUCGUGCUGGGGGACCUGGUGCUGACCCUCCUCAUCGCCCUGGCCGUGUACUCCCUGGGCCGGCUCUUCCCUCGGGGGCGAGGGGCUGCAGAGGCGGUGACCCGGAAGCAGCGCAUCAGCGAGACAGAGUCACCUUAUCAGGAGCUCCAAGGUCAGAGGUCAGAUGUCUACAGUGACCUCAACACACAGAGGCCAUAUUACAAGUGAGGCGAAACCACAGCAGUCAACAACCAGAUGCCUGGAUCCCGUCAUUCCUGAUGACUACCCAGCACCCUAUUCUUCCUCCCACCAAGACCCAGAUCCAGAGUGCUCUCCCCAAGAUGCCAGACUUUCUCCACCACCGCUCCCAAAUAAACAUGGCACAUAUGACCACUA